AUGGCGACAGAAGCCACCUCAUCACCUCCGCCCGCCGCCUCUACUACACCAUCCAGUCGCUCCUCCUCCUCUCGCUCCUCGUCGCGACCCUCGCUCUCUCUCGAUCUGUCCAACCUGCCGCCGCUCUCACAGCCCUCUCCGCCCUCGAAUACACUCCUGAUCACCGAUCUACAUGACCUCUUCCUCUUCCAACCAUCAUCGCUCGCCUCGAUCCGGGCCCAGAUCACCGCCGUCGCCCCGCUGAACUCCUUCUCUCCCCUGCCUUCUCUCCGCCGAAUCGUCUGCUCCUUCCUCUCGACUGACGACGCCAUCCGCGUCCGGCAGCACCUCGAGGCAGAGGGCCUCAUAGACCGGAAGAACGUGCGGGCCCGCAUCUACUUUGGCGAGCCCACCCCGAUCGAGAGCACGGAGGAGGCGCGCCGACGGAAGCUGUUGGAGGCGCCUCAUGCUCAGAAGCUCUUCUUCAUCAGCCCGCCACCCAGCCCGCCGCAAGGCUGGGUGUCGCGACCCGAGGAUCCGCCGAACAAGGAGGUGCACGCCAGCGACCUGGCCGAAGCGCUGGCCAGGCUACGCACAGAGCAGCAAGGCAUUGCGACGGACAACGCGACGGCGUCAAACGACCCAGCAUCGCCAGUCUCCGUCUCCUCGUCUGACGGCGCGCACCCCCAGGUCGCGAGGACAGGCAGCUGGCCCGUCUCCGGGUCAGGACAGCGCAGCCGCAGCAGCACCAUCAUCUACCACCCGUCCGACCACGGCAGCAGUCCCAACUUGCCCGCCGUCAUGGUCGAAGACACCAGUGCUGGCGAUGGCGACGACGACGAUCUCGACGUUGAUAUGAGCAGCCCUGUCGACUCGUUCCCUCCUCAGCGGAAGAAACUCAUUCGCACGGCCCGUCCUCCAGUGGAGCUGAUGGAGUAG